GCACCGUGCAGAAAAUCGUGCAUGAAUCUCAUGUGGUGUGUCAUUGACAAACAAACCGAUCCAACGCUCACAGAAACUCUUCUGUUUUUUUAUACAAGCGCUGCGUACAAAUAGCACCAGAAAAGAGGGAUUCAUAAAGGGCACGCGGCAUGCACGCACGCGUUAAUGUGUGUGCGCAGAUAUUUGGAGGUGUUGGAGGUUUUCAAGGAAUUAAAAGUGUACAUAUGGAGCUAUUGCUGGCACACGGAGGGCUGGGCUGUGACUUCUGACUGCCUGCGUUGUUGCAUGUUUAAGGGAAUGGAAUAAUUGUCAUCCUCAUUCAUCAAAGGAAUAUAUUGAUUGACCCUCCGUUUCACUCUCAAUGAUUCUUGAAGGAGAGAUGGACGGCAUCGGGAACAACAUGCAGAAGAAGGCUGCGGAGCUGGAGCGGCUGGCCGAGGUGCUCGUCACCGGAGAGCAGCUGAGGCUGAGGCUCCACGAGGCGAAGGUGAUCAAGGAUCGGCGGCACCACCUGCGAACUUACCCAAACUGCUUUGUGGCAAAAGAGCUCAUCGAUUGGCUGAUCGAACACAAGGAGGCCUCCGACCGAGACACGGCCAUCAAGAUCAUGCAGAAACUUUUGGACCAGAGCAUCAUUCACCACGUGUGUGACGAGCACCGGGAGUUCAAAGACCUGAAGCUGUUUUAUCGUUUCCGGAAAGAUGACGGCACGUUCCCAUUGGACAGUGAGGCCAAAGUCUUCAUGAGGGGGCAGAGGAUCUAUGAGAAGUUAAUGAACACAGAAAACAACUUAUUACAAACCAGGGAGGAAGAGGGCGGCACGUUUGAGCGAGCGCUGGUGGGCUCCGAGUUCAUCGACUGGCUGCUGCAGGAGGGCGAGAUGGCAACCAGGGAGGAGGCGGAGCAGCUGGGGCGCAGGCUCCUGGAACAUGGCAUCAUCCAGCACAUCACCAACAAACACCACUUUGCCAACGGGCCCCUGCUCUUCCAGUUCAGGAUGAAUUUCCGGAGGCGACGGCGGUUGAUCGAACUUCUUCAUGAGCGCAGCCGCUGCAUCCCUGAGAGUCAUGACAGCCCCUUCUGUCUCCGCAAACAGAACUCAGAUGGAGGAAACACCAGCUUCCUCUCGGUGAGUCCGACUAAAGAGAUUAAGGUGACAGUGGGAGUCCGGCGGAGCAGCCUGAGCAGCAGCUGUGGCAGCAGCGGGUAUUACAGCAGCAGUCCCACGCUCAGCAGCAGUCCACCUGUGCUCUGCAACCCCAAAUCUGUUCUGAAAAGACAAGUGAGCCCAGAGGAGCUGCAGACACCAGGAGGACCUUUUAUAAAGAAGACAUUCACUAUUGUUGGUGAUGCUGUGGGCUGGGGCUUUGUGGUGCGAGGCAGCAAACCCUGCCACAUCCAGGCUGUAGACCCCGGUGGACCUGCAGCUGCUGCUGGCAUGAAGGUGUGUCACUUCGUGGUAUCGGUGAACGGGCUGUGCGUCCUCUCUCACGACUACCGGACCGUCAGCAACCUGAUCCUAACCGGACCCCGGACAAUCGUCAUGGAGGUGAUGGAGGAGUCAUAAGUUUGAGGAGAGCCGCGUCAGAAUCCCUCAUGGACGAGUAGUGCAGUAACAACGUUGGCACUUGAAGGUUUAGUACUUGACAUCCAAAACCACAACAGGACAAGCAACAAGGGCGACUUUAAAGUAUACUCAUUCUGUUCCAACGUGGAGGACUGAGAAACAGAGGAUGCCUAAGAAUUUGGAUUUCAAGUCAAGUAAAUGAUCAUACCUGCAGACCUAACAUGCAGGUGGUACUUCAGCUUUUCCUUUGAAUUUACAGGUUCACACAUUAAAAAAGUGAAGGGUAAGAUCCAAAGAGACAACAAAGACUCAGUUUUAAUAGAGACGCUACUUUAUGUGUGAAAUAGGAAGACCCAUGUUCCCUGGGUUUGUUACCAACCAGAAGUGUUUAAUGAAUCUUGACGAGGAUUCAAAGGAUGAGUCAUCAAGAUGGUCAUAAGAACCAGGAGACAAACAAGUUCAAGCAGAAACUGUAGCGUUAAGGAAGAAUAUUUCAUGCUGACACAUUUUAUGACCUCUCCCCCAGUUAGUUUCCAACCCUGUGCUGAGUUCCUGGUUGCUGAGUGCUGCCCUCUGCAGGGAGAGACAGGAACACCCACAGGAGCGUUUUUACUACCACUUUCUGAAUCAGAAGUGUUUGGUUUUGGGUGUUUUUUCCUGUUAAAGGAACCAGUGUGAUUUAGAAAAAAAUAUACUUUUCCUCCCUUGUCGUGUAAAAUAAAUUCACAAAUAAAUUGAAUCCCUGGUAGAUGUAUGUGUAGUUGUUAGGUAUUAGAUAGUUUACCUAAUACAAACUCUGUGCUAAACUCUGUGACAUUAACAGGCACAAUGUAUAAAGAAAAAUUACGAAAGACUUAACGCACAAACAACCUUAAGAAGUUCUGCUUUAGAAGAAACCUUAAUGUGCAACUGUAAAGAAGCUACAUCAAUGGGAACAUCUGUGAGACGUUUAAAAAACUUGACUUACCCUUGAUCGAAAUUCACAUUUUUUUUGUUUAGUUUGUUUUUUAAGAUGACACUUUAUUUAAAAACCAGAAAUGGCCACAUGACAUUGCAAGUCAUUAUUUGUUUGUUAAAAAAAGGAUCUACGGUAUUAAACAUACUACUGAGGUUUUCUACAUACAAUUAUUAGGUAAAUAUUUGUAAGGUGUGUUACAAUUAUUGCAGGAAACACAAUGUGGUGCAUUUUAUACCAGUAACAAUGACACAAAUCUUUAUUUAACCUAAAAUAUAAUUGGAUUUGUGUUAUGCCAACCAGAUUGAAUUUGGAAGCUUUUUUCUGAAUUGUCUUAAAAAAAUAAAAAGGGUGAAAAACUAUUGAGCUUUAAAACACUGAGUUUUAAAUUGACAAAAGCACUUAGGUGACAAGAAGCUUUCUUUUUAUAAAUAGAAUUUAGAUUUUUAAUACCUGUAUGCAUUAAUGCAUAGACACUGGAACGGUCUUGUUGUUGAUUCUUAACGCAAUUUAUUGAAUACUGUUGGAAACAAAAAACAAAUAAAGGUUUAACUCAAAGUAAAACUGCAGCAUAGCAGGCUUGACGUUUAGAUAAAUAGAUUUGUACGUAAUAGCCUCAAAGAAAUUGUCAGAAUUAGCUGUAUGUUUGUAGCCUGUCCCCCAUGUGCAUAGACAUACACGCAUGAGAAGAAGUGAUUCUAAAAAGAAGAGCAUGGAUAGGCAUUGCUCAUAUUGCUCAUACAGUAUGUGUUUGUAAUCACUGGCUGAAUCCUUAGUAAACACUUGUUUACUUGUUAGUUUUAGACAAAAGAACACUGCUUGGUUCGUUGAAUUUAUUCCUCGAGUAAAAUUAUUACUAAAUACAAAUGCAGUAAACUUUUUCCAUUCAACAUUUACAUGAUAUUUUCAGGAAAUCCUUAUUGCCAAACAUACUGUACUUCAUAGUAAACUGCCUCCAAGUCAGUGGACUUCUCAUGGGUUUUCCCUCAAUGUGCUUUGAUGUUGUGCACAGUGAAAUGCAUGAUUGUGAUGUACAUCUGUGCUUAUGUAGCAUUAGCUUCUAAUCCAAAGCACUUCUCUCUAUUGACUUGUAGGACUGGGUUAUCUGACAAAUCAUUUCAAAUUUCAAGAAGAGAUUUUGGCCUUUGUUUUCCAACAUGCUUUCUAGGUACAAUAAUGGAAGAUAACUUCCUCAACUGAAUAAGACGUUUAUAAAACCGUUGUAGACUACUUUACAGACAUAAGUGAUUAUCUCUGGUUGAUAAAGGAUAAUGACAUUUUGUCUCACUUGCUGAUCCCAAUAUUCACCCCUCAUGUUGUUGGGUGACGCCAUGCGACAUACUAUUUUAACAUGAAGUUCUUGGGUCUGUUGUUUUUGGUUUGCUGUGUUUGGAGAAGAUAUAAUAAGAACUCAGAGUUUUUCAAUAUUCUUUAAUACCUUUUCAGGUUUUUCCAUAUAGCAGGUCACUCAGCAAAAAUCAUUUGCCGACAUGAGUGAUACUUCAAUCAAGGUUCUUCAUUAGUCUACUGUUAACAUUAACAGCUCAUAUCUAAACUCAGCUUGUGUUCAGUUUUUCUUUCAUAUAUUAAUUGCCUUCCUGGUGUUUUCAACCCAGUAUUAGCUCUUUUACCUGGAAUGAAUCUGUAGGGUUGGAAGAAGAUGGAAAAUGUUUCCUGAUUACCUGAACGCAGUUCGGACUAGUUGACUGUUUUAGGAAAAUGGAAAUAUGCGGAAAUUAGGGUAGAAGUGUCAAGUGUUUCCUUUCAGGUUGAUUAAAGUCUUUUAGGAGUUCUUUGUGGUCGUUGGCAGAAACGGGUUUGCUGACUUUUCACUGCAUUUGCCUUAAGACAUCAUUUUGCUGCUAACCCCAGUUUGAUGCUCAUCUAAUCUCCUGUUCUGUUCCCAGAUCUUUUUAUCCCUGACUUUGUGUAUUGAAAGUUGUACCAGGUAAUCACGCAUCAGUUCUGUUGACAAUCAGUGUUUAUGGACACAAACUCCAAAAUAGCACAACAGUGGUUUAAAUAUUGCCUGACAGAAUGUGUUUCUACAUUGUGCUGUUGAUAUUCUCAGAUCUACACCUAAACUUUGACGAUUACUUCACUCAUUUCUUAAAGGGAUAUUUUCUUCAUGUGCACUUCAUGAUGGAGACAUGUUCAAUGUUUUAGUUUUCUCCGCUUUCAGAGAUUGAAUGUUAGGUUUGAAGACAAUAUAAGCUAACAGUAACAGUCUGUUUUUGACAAAGCUGCUAAAGCUCAGUCUGAUGUUCUGAUGUAUUAAACAGUUGAUUAAGUGUUUAAUAAACAAGCUGAUUCUAA